AUGGAAGAAAUAAAGAAUAUAUUACAAACAAUGCGAGAGGCAAUUUACCAACAAAAACUCGACAUGCAGGAUAUGAUGGAAGCGCCCCCUCCACCUCUCCCAAGCCGGCUGGUCACCGUGGGGGAAAAAGACUAUUACCCUUCAAAUCCCAAAAUAAAAAAUAAUUCCCUCAAAAUAGUCAAUCGCCAAAAAGACAAUCAGCACCUGUAUAUUGCAACAAUUAAUACUCUCACUCUAAGAAAGGAAGAAAGCCUUACUGAGCUAAUAUUAGCAAUUGAAAAAAUUCACUGGUCCAUUAUAGGCCUUAGCGAAGUUCGGAGACUAGGAGAAGAAAUAGAAGACCACGGUAAUUUUGUAUUUUAUUUUAAAGGCGAAACAUCAGGCAAAUAUGGAGUCGGAUUUCUUAUAAAAAAAGAACUUAAAAAGAAUAUCGAGGAGUUCUUGGGAAUAUCUGAACGAAUUGCUAUUCUGAACAUUACAAUGCCACAAUCGAACGCAAAAUGGUCUAUAGUACAGAUUUACAGCCCUACGGAACAAGCCAGUAACGCCGAUGUAGAUUCCUUCUACGCAGAUCUUAGAAGAGCUAUAUUAAAUUAUACACAUAAAAAUCUCAUUGUUAUGGGAGAUUAUAAUGCUCAACUAGGUAAGAGAAGAAAAGGAGAAGAAAUUAUACUAGGCCCUUACUGUACAGGGAAAAGAAACAGGAAUGGAACUAAACUUAUAGAAUUAGUAUACGAAAAUAAUUUAAAGGUUCUAAAUAGUAUGUACAAAAAAAGACCGUCAAAUAGAUGGACAUGGAUUUCACCAAACGGACUCUAUAAAAAUGAAAUCGAUUUUAUUCUCACAAAUAGGGCUAACAUGUUCAGCGACUGUACAAUUCUUAAGAAUCUAAACUUCAAUACUAACCACCGUAUGGUCAGAGCUAAUCUAAAAAUAAAAUUAGAUAAGACUAGACCUUUUAAAGCUAGGACAAGCGAAUCAAAACACCUUAUCGGUAAUAUCAGCGAAAUAAAAGAACAUUUAAUCCAACUAAACUUGGAAGAAUUAUCAGUACAAGAAAAAUACAACAAUGUUUUAGAAGCCAUAACUUACAGUUCAAACAGAGUGCCUCCAAAUAGAAACAAGUGGCAUUCGGUAUCAGACGAGACGUCCUUACUCCUUAAGCAAAGGCAGGAAUUAAUUAAAUUGGAGAAUAAAACGAAAUCGAUCAGAGUAGAAAUAACGAAGCUUAGUAAACAAAUUAAAUUAUCACUUAGGCAAGACAUACAAAAACUAAGAUUAGACACACUUGAACGGUACAUAAACAAAACUGGUGGCAUCAAGAAAGCUGUCAAAGAACUAAAAACUAAUAUUAACUGGAUCCCAAAUAUAAAUAACAAAAGAGGAUAUAAAAUAACCAAACGCCCGGAUAUUGUCUCAACGGCGACAGAUUUCUACAAACAACUAUACUCUACCCAAACAAGCAGAAAGAAAGAAACGACGCUAGAAGAUGGAGAAGAGGUACCUGAUAUAUUGCCAAGGGAGGUAGAAAGGGCUAUCGAGACUCUGAAAAAGGACAAAUCACCGGGUCCAGAUUACGUCACCAACGAGCUUUUGAUAAGUCUAAAGGAAGUAUUGGUACCUACUUUCACCGUUCUCUUUAAUGAGAUAGUUAGAACGGAAUCAAUACCGGAACAAUGGGCAAACUCGACGAUAACACUUAUACACAAAAAAGGAGACAAGAGUGACAUCAACAACUACAGGCCCAUAAGCUCUAUAACGAAUAUAUACAAAGUCUUCGCUAAAAUAAUUCUACAUAGACUUGGUAAAAUCUUAGAUGACAACCAACCUAUAGAGCAGGCAGGAGGGAUUAUAAAUAUUGAACGGGGAGUGCGACAGGGAGACCCUCUAUCACCUAAACUGUUUUCGGCUGUUCUGGAGGAAAUUUUCAAAAAACUAAGUUGGGAUAAGUACGGACUAAUGAUAAACGGCGAAAGAUUGAACCACUUAAGGUUUGCAGACGACCUAAUUCUAUUUGCCUCAACACGCGAUGAACUGGAGAAGAUGGUCUCAGACCUUGACACAGAAAGUAGGUUUGUCGGUCUGAAAAUGAAUACCGAGAAAACCAAAGUAAUGACGAAUUCCAGAAAGGAAAAAGUACUGUUAAAUAACAAUAUUAUAGAAUACGUAGAUGAGUACUUGUACCUCGGGCAGACAAUAUCUAUGACCGAUUCAACAACAAAAGAAAUCGACACAAGAAUAGCAAAAGCAUGGAAGAGCUUUUGGGCGCUUAAAGAAGUCAUGAAAAAUAAGAAAACAAGCAUGGUAAUUAAAAGAAAGGUCUUCAAUACUUGUGUACUACCUGUACUAACAUAUGGAUCACAAACUUGGGCGCCUACUAAAGCGCAGUAUACAAAGCUACAGGUGUGUCAAAGAGCGAUGGAACGAUGUAUGAUAGGGAAAACAAGAAGAGACAAAAUAAAGAAUACAGUAUUAAGGAAAAUAACUAAGAUACCUGGGUAUUACGCUGCUUGA